AUGGCGAACAACGGGUUCAUCGCUGAGAAGGACCCGCUGCAUUGGGGCGCUGCCGCGGCCGAGCUCACCGGCAGCCACCUCGACGAGGUCAAGCGCAUGGUGGCACACUUCCGCGAGCCUGUCGUCAGGAUCGUGGGCGCCGGCCUUAGCGUCGGCCAGGUGGCUGCCGUCGCCCUGGCCAAGGAUGGUUCGAAGGUCACCGUGCAGCUCGCCGACGAGGCGCGCCCCCGCGUCAAGGCCUGCAGCGAGUGGAUCCUGGACUCCGUGGCCAACGGCGGCGACAUCUACGGCGUCACCACAGGCUUCGGCGGCACCUCCCACCGUCGCACCAAGGAUGGGCAAGGCCUCCAAGUUGAGCUCGUCAGGCAUCUCAUUGCUGGUAUAUUUGGCAUUGGAAGCAACCACGAGCUGCCAUCAGAGGUUACACGCGCGUCCAUGCUCGUUCGCAUCAACACCCUCCUGCAAGGCUAUUCUGGCAUACGUUUUGAGAUUCUCGAGGCCAUCACAAAGCUCAUCAACAAAGGUGUACACCCGAGGAUUCCCCUCCGGGGCAGCAUCACCGCGAGCGGCGACGUUGUCCCACUUGCUUACAUCGCCGGUGUCCUUACCGGACGCCCCAACGCGCAGGCAGUUACCAAUGAUGGUAGGAUGGUGGAUGCCGCCGAGGCAUUGAAGAUCGCCGGGAUAGAUGGUGGGUUCUUCAAGCUGAACCCCAAGGAGGGGCUUGCAAUUGUAAAUGGCACGGCGGUGGGUUCUGCCCUCGCAGCCAUGGUGUUGUUUGACUGCAACGUCCUGGCUGUCCUAUCUGAAAUUUUGGCCGCAAUGUUUUGUGAGGUAAUGUACGGCAAACUAGAGUACACCGACCACCUGAUCCACAAGCUGAAACAUCACCCUGGCUCAAUCGAGGCUGCGGCUAUCAUGGAGCACAUUCUGGCUGGUAGCUCAUUCAUGGUCCAUGCCAAGAUGGUGAAUGCUAUGGACCCACUCCUCAAGCCAAAGCAGGACAGGUAUGCACUCCGUACCGCGCCUCAGUGGCUUGGCCCGCAGAUUGAGGUCAUUCGGGCAGCUACCAAGUCUAUCGAGCGUGAGGUGAACUCUGUCAAUGACAACCCGGUCAUCGACGUCAAACGUGGCAAAGCACUCCAUUGUGGUAAUUUCCAGGGGACACCCAUCGGUGUGUCCAUGGACAAUACUCGUCUUGCCAUUGCUAACAUUGGUAAACUCAUGUUCGCGCAGUUCUCAGAACUUGUGAAUGAGUUCUACAACAAUGGGCUAACGUCGAACCUAGCUGGUAGUCGCAACCCAAGCUUGGACUAUGGUCUCAAAGGCAUCGAGAUUGCCAUGGCCUCCUACUGCUCUGAGCUUCAAUACCUUGCCAACCCAGUGACCACCCAUGUCCAGAGCGCGGAGCAACACAACCAGGGGGUGAACUCGCUCGGCCUUAUCUCGGCCAGGAAGACUGCAGAAGCGGUGGACAUGCUGAAACUCAUGUCCUCCACGUACAUAGUGGCGCUUUGUCAGGCCGUCGACCUCCGCCACCUCGAGAGGAACAUCAAGAUCUCCGUCAACAGAUGUGUGGCAGAGGUUGCCAAGAAGGUUCUCAACGCCCCCAGCGUCGAGGAGAUUCUGAUGGCCGCCACCGAUCGCGUGGACGUGUUCAGCUACGCCGACGACCCCUGCAGCACCAACUACCCCCUAAUGCACAAGCUACGCAGCGUGCUCCUCGAGCAUGCUCUGUCUAGUAGGGGUAACGAUGAGGAGGUGUUGUCCAAGAUCAGUAAGUUGGAGGAGGAGCUGGGAUCGACACUGCCACGGGAGAUCGAGGCCGCACGCAUCGCCGUGGAGAAGGGCACCGCACCCAUCCCCAACAUGAUCAAGGGGAGCAGGUCAUUCCCACUCUACCAGUUUGUUCGUGAGGAACUCGGUUGUGUGUUUCUGACUGGGGAGAAGCUUCUCGCGCCCGGCGAAGAGUGUGACAAGGUGUUCGUGGGGAUCAGCCAGGGCAAGCUCAUCGACCCCAUGCUGGAGUGCCUCAAGGAGUGGAACGGUGAGCCUCUGCCCAUCGACUAA